GCUGGAUGGAGCGUGUGUCUUUCAGCUGCUGCAGCUCCUUCAGCACCCUGAAAAUACCUCCCUGUCCCAGAGCUGUCGCGCCCUCCGGCCUCGCCAUGCUCCUGCUGCUGGGGCUGUGCCUGGGGCUGCCCCUCUUCUCGGAGUCCCAGGAAGACGCGCGGAGCUGGGAUGACGCUUCGGAGCAAGUGGCGCUCAGGGUCCCCAGGCAACUCAGGCUGUUGCAAAGGCUGAAAGCCAAGCCCUUGAUGACGGAGUUCUCCGUGAAGUCUACCAUCAUCUCUCGCUAUGCCUUCACCACAGUCUCCUGCAGAAUGCUCAACAGAGCUUCUGAGGACCAGGAUGUUGAGUUCCAGAUGCAGAUUCCAGCAGCAGCUUUCAUCACCAACUUCACCAUGUUUAUCGGAGACAAAGUGUAUCGGAGUGAAAUUACAGAGAAAGAAAAGAAAAGCCGUGAUAGGAUAAAGGAAAAAAGAAACAAAACCACAGAUGAUAAUGGGGAGAAGGGAACGGACACAUUCCAAGCUUCCUUAGUGAUUCCCAGCAAGGACAAAGCCGCUUUCCUCCUCAGUUAUGAAGAGCUUCUGCAGAGAAGGCUGGGGAAAUACGAGCAUAUCAUCAGUGUGCGCCCCCAGCAGCUGGUGGGGAGGCUCACCGUGGAGGUGAAUGUUCUGGAGAGGUCGGGCAUUGAAGCCUUAGAGGUGCUACCUCUUCACAACAGCAGGAAGAAGGGCAGUGGGGUGGCGGAAGGCGACACAGGUCCUCCCCCUUCUACUGUUAUCAACCAAAAUGAAACUUUUGCCCAAGUUCUUUUUAAGCCGACUGUGGUCCAACAAGCUAAGAUUGCCCAGAAUGGAAUUUUGGGAGAUUUCAUCAUUCGAUACGAUGUCAAGAGAGAGCAGAGCAUUGGUGACAUCCAGGUUCUGAAUGGUUACUUUGUGCACUACUUUGCUCCUAAAGACCUCCCUCCUUUACCCAAGAAUGUGGUUUUUGUGCUUGACAUCAGUGCCUCUAUGGUGGGAGCGAAACUCCAGCAGACCAGGGAAGCCCUCGUCACAAUUCUCAAUGACCUUCGACCCCAGGAUCACUUCAAUAUCAUUGGGUUUUCCAACCGGAUUAAAGUGUGGAAGGACCACCUGCUGCCGGUGACUCCUGAUAACAUCAGGAAUAGCAAGCUCUACAUUUACCACCUGUCACCCACUGGAGGUACAGACAUCAAUGGGGCCCUUCAGACAGCCAUCAAACUGCUCAACAAUUAUGUGGCCCAGAAUGACAUUGAAGAUCGGAGUGUGUCCCUCAUCAUCUUCCUCACGGAUGGAAAACCCACCUUCGGGGAGACCAGUACCCACAAGAUUCUCAGCAAUACCAAGGAAGCCACUAGAGGUCAGAUCUGCAUCUUUACCAUCGGCAUCGGCAAUGACGUGGACUUCAAACUGUUAGAGAAACUUUCGCUGGAGAACUGUGGUCUUACACGGCACGUUCAGGAGGAGGAGAAGGCUGGAGCACAGCUCAUCGGGUUCUAUGAUGAAAUCCGGACCCCGCUUCUCUCUGAUAUCCGCAUAGAUUAUCCUCCUGACGUAGUAGAGCACGCCACCAAAACUCUGUUUCCCAACUACUUCAAUGGCUCUGAGAUCGUCAUUGCCGGGAAGAUGGUAGACAGGAAGUUUGAUCAGUUUCACGUGGAGGUCACGGCCAGCAACAGUAAGAAAUUUGUCAUCCUGAAAAAAGACAUCCCCGUGGAGUCCCAGAAGCUGGGAAAUGAUGUCACGGUCACCCCUGGGCCUGCCAGCGAUGGUGAGGAGGACCCCAACCACAUUGAGCGUCUUUGGAGCUACCUCACUGUGAAGGAACUGCUGAGCUCCUGGGUGCAGAGCAGCAGUGAGCAAGAGAAGGAGCAGCUGAGGCAGAAGGCCCAGGCUUUAGCCUUGAACUACCACUUCCUCACCCCCUUCACGUCCAUGAAGCUGAAGAAGCCAGGGCCCCACCCAGACAGGCUGGAGGACACCCGCGGCAUGUCAGCAGCCACAGGACCUGAGACAGUGGUGCAGAGCCUGCGAGGAGCCGACUCGGUGCAGCCAGGACCUGCUCUCAAGAAACCAUAUGGCCCAAGAAUUAAAAUCUCUAAAACAUCAGUGGAUGGUGAUCCCCAUUUUGUUGUGGAUUUCCCCUUAAGCAAACUCACUGUCUGCUUUAACAUUGAUGGAGAGCCUGGGGACAUCCUACGGUUGGUCUCUGAUCACCUGGACUCUGGGGUGACUGUGAACGGAGAGCUUAUUGGGGCCCCAGCACCUCCAAAUGGUCAUAAGAAACAGCGCACAUACUUCCGGACCAUCACCAUCCUCAUCAACCGGCCAGAGAGAUCUUACCUCGAGAUCACACCCAACAGGGUCAUCCUGGAUGGUGGAGACAGGCUGGUCCUCCCCUGCAACCAGAGUGUGGUGGUGGGGAGUCGGGGACUGGAGGUGUCGGUGUCUGCCAAUGCCAACGUCACUGUCACCAUCCAGGGUACCAUCACCUUUGUCAUCCUUAUUCAUCUGUACAAAAACCCAGCACCCUUCCAGCGAAACCACCUGGGCUUCUAUAUUGCCAACAGCAAAGGCCUCUCCAGCAAUUGCCAUGGCCUGUUAGGUCAGUUCCUGAACCAGGAUGCCAAACUCAUAGAUGACGCUCCUGCAGUGUACAGCAAGAAUCUUAGUAAUCAGCCAUUUCCUCAGACAGAAGGGAUGCCCGAGGCUAUCAUAAAGGUGAAAGGGCGCCGAGUUCCAGUGGUCUGGAAACAAAGGAAGAUUUAUAAUGGGCAAGAGCAGGUGGACUGCUGGUUUGAUAAAAACAAUGCCGCCAAGCUGAUUGACGGGGUGUACAAGGACUACCUGGCAUCUCAUCCAUUUGACACGGAGAAUACACUGAGCCUGAGGAUGUCCAGGAGAGCUGAGGCUGGCAGUCUUCAUGAGGAGAGUGUCUAACAGGGAAGCAAAUUGGGGUCUGCUCUGAAUGCAGCUCUUCUUGUUACCUGUGCCUACCUUGGCUCUUGCUGUGAGCUGCACUGUGUAGCCUGCCCCCUGGUGGAGUAGAGGUCCAAUGUCUGCUAGAGCAAUGAGUCAGGGCAGGAAGCGGGAGUGGAAAGACUGCAUUCUUCUUCCCCUUCCUACCUUCCUCAUGCCAUCUCCAUUAGACAAAAAUGGUAGCACCAAGAGGAGAGGAGAUCUAAUUAAGGAAAAUUGUGUGGCACCUGGCUUGACCACCCCUUAGUCUACUGUCAAGUAACCCUCUCUGAAAAAGCAAGGUUGCCACAGAAUUUGUUUUCUCUGUAACAGUGUCCGAGUGUGGGCACUCUGCUUUUUGUCUUUUAUUCAUGCUUAGGAAUCUCUCUUUUCAGUUGCCUUCCUCAUUCAGAUGGUGCUCUCAACUUCUUCUCUCAAGGUUAUUUACAUCGGGGCCAGGCCACCCAUCCUGCCAAUCAGUAGUCCACACAUUGGAUCACUUUAAAUGACUAAGUCUUUUCUUAGCAGAAGAUUGUUUUUUUUUUCUGCUCUGGAACCUUUAAAAAUUAGUUUUCAUUGUAAAAAUUUGGUGGAAAAAUAGAAAAAUUAAUAUCCCAGAUAUGGAUCUCUUUCUGAUUGGCUUUACAGGCCACUUGACCUUGCUGGUGGAUAUUUUAUUUUAAUAAGCUAAGUGCUUUUAAUAAAUAAGAAAACUCCCUGUGGAUGGUCUUUACUGGCCUGUCUUGGUGCUAGAGAGCCAGCUAGUUGAAAGAUAAAUCUUUUACUCUGAGCACUUCAGCUUUUGCUGUUAGUCCAAUACCUUCUGGUUUUGCCUUUAGAUGUCCAGGACAUAGUAAAUUACACGAGAACAGUGCUGGCAUAAGAGAGAGACCUAGCCUAGAGUCAGCUGCUCAGCUUCCCUGUGGAAGGAACCAACUUUUACAUUCUCAGAAGGAAGUGGAUUCACGCCUGCACACAUGGCUGAUGCACCAUGCACUAUAGCAGCACUGGCAGCCUGCAGAAGACAGGGCCCAUCAGUAUUCCAUCCAUGCUAGGGGAGGGUCAUGAGGCCCUAAAGAGCGAUGGGCAGUUAGUAAUUGCCUGAGAAAGGGGUGUGGUGUUCCUCGGUUGUAAUAUCUGCUGGUACGUUGCCCUGGCUCAAGAAAAUAACCCCCAAUUUACAGCAUGCAACCCUAAUUGAAUACAGUAAAUCACAUACACGUUUGGGAUAGGAAGGUGGGAGGGGACUCAUGGGGCUGAAGGAAGCCAUAAGAGAAGAUCAUGGGAGGUGGUGGAGUGGGAUCGAGGAACAUUAGUGAGGGAAAUGCCUGAAAUUGUGAAUGAAUGCACCAAAUAAAAGAAAAUCUAAGAAGA